AUGGGAUCCGACGACGCACCCAUCGAACACAAAGCCCGCGGCUACAAAGCUGCAAUUUCGAACCCCCAUGUUUCAGGUCCUGCCAAAGCACAUGCCCAGCAGGAACUAGACAGAUAUGAUCUCGAGAAAACGCUGGGGGAGGGGGAGAAGCCAGUGGAGAACGUGAAGUCUGGUUUGAAGGCGGCGUUAAGUAAUCCCAAUAAUACGGAGAUGGGCAAGAUGAAGGCCAGGCAGAAGUUAGAGUCGAUGGGGGAAGAGCCAGAGCAGCCUGUUGAUUAA